CUAUCUUAUCGAACCGAAUAGAGGUGGGUUGCGAGCGAGAACCGUUUUCACUCGCCACCCUUUUUCGUCGAUAGAUAAUUGCAGUCAUAUCGAAAAGUGAGCUGGUCGCGUUCGGUACAAGUUAGCUCUCUUUGCUGUCCUGACUCGAAUUUAGUAAACUUACCAUAAUUUAUGUGCGGUGGGGCUUUUCUACACAGCGGAUUUAAAAUGAGCCUCGACAGUCUGAACUCACUCACCGGAAGUCCUUACUCGGCGCGGAAGAACUGGCUGAAAGUGCAGGAACAGCAGCACCACCAGCAACAACAGCAACAUAUCGAAUAUCGAUUCUCCAGACCGAUCAAGAUAGUGGACUACGAUAACGAACGUUAUUCCUGGUCCGCGCCCGGCAGUCCUUAUCACAUUCGACGGCCAGCCUUCGAUAGAAAUAGACUAUGGUAUGUGCAUGAACCGCUACACACACCUGAUGACGCAUGGUUGAGACAAUUGUUUAGCUGUGGGGGGAGGAGUAUCUGUUUUCAAACAUUUCCUCCAUCUAAUCAACCGUCAAUUCUUCUUAUCAGCAACAUAACGCAACAACCGCGCUUGUUCCGUCUGCCCUACAGGAUAGAGGACGACACGAGUUCCGAGUCGGAAGUUGAUCACAAACAGCGCCGCAUCAUUACCGAACUUGGAGCUGAAGAUGCGUUCACUAGCUCUGACCCACCUGCCUCAAUGCUCAACGCGGAAACAGAUGCAGAACCAAAGUUCCCGAUCACGAUUCGAAGUGCCCGCAGUCUGCUGAGCUUGCGGAUGCGACGCGAUCCUCAACACCAGGGAACUCGCACCAUUAAAGCCAGGCGCGUGAUUAACAAGAAGGGCGAAGGAAACGUGCAUCUGGCCCAUCUACCGCAACGAUCGCUUCGGUUCGUGCGCGACCUCGCCACCACGUUGGUGGACGAGCAAUGGCGCUACACGUUGAUGUUGUUUGUGCUGAGCUUCGUCGCCAGCUGGAUCUUUUUCGCCAUCCUGUGGUAUCUGAUCGCGUACGCGCACGGCGACCUGCUGACGGAUCCCGCCACCGGGAAACGGCUCGGCGAUGGCAACAAACCGUGCGUCGAGGGCACGGCCAGCUUCACCGGGUUUCUGCUGUUCAGCGUUGAAACACAAGUGUCCACCGGAUAUGGCGUCAUCGUCCCGACGGAAGAGUGUCCCGAAGCGUUCUUUCUGCUGCUGGUGCAGAUCAUCUUCGGCCUGGUGAUCGGCGGAGCGAUGGUCGGUGUUGUGUACGCGAAAAUGAUACGCCUGCCGAAACGAUCGUACGAGAUGAAGUUCAGCAAGCGGGCCGUCAUCUGUAUGCGCGACGGCAAACUUUGCUUCGUGUUUCGGGUGUGCGAUCCCAAGCAGCAGCACGUCAUAGGGACAAAGGUAACGGCCACCAUGCUUGAGCCGCGCCGUCAUCCCGGCACGAACGUGAUCGAGCGGUACGAAUCGCGACUCAAGCUGCAGAACGAUGGGCGAAUACUGCCACUGUGGCCGAUCACCGUGUGCCACGUGAUCGAUCGGUACAGCCCACUGUACGACCUAUCGGCGGCGGAUCUGCUCGAGCGUAGGUUCGAAAUUGUGAUCACGAUGACCGGCGGCACGAUGACGACUGGGCAGGGUACGCAGGCACGCACCUCCUACCUACCGGUGGAAAUCUUGUGGGGCCACCGGUUUCAAAACAUCAUCGAGUACGAUCCGCAGCGUGAGAGCUUUGUCGCCAUGAACGAGCAGCUCGAUCUGUUGGACGAAGUGGACACACCGCUGUGCAGUGCCCGCCAGCUGGAGGCGGUCAUCGACGAGCUGCAUAACGAUCAGCAUCGCAGCGAAGACUAUCCAAUGGCGGACGAUGAUAGCAGACUUGGGGCGUCUUUCCGCUACAAGACCAGGUUGCGCAGUAAUCCCAGCUCCUUUGUACGGUUCCACGAUGUGUACUCGGAGGCAGAGGAAGAAGCGCACAGCGAAGAGGAGGGUGGGAAAUCGUACCCAGGCUCGCUAAAGGACAGUCAGACCGUCACCGUUGCUAUCGACGAUAGCAUACCGGAGGGACAGAUUGAGCCGGGUGUGGAAUCAAAAGAAUCGACCACAAUUCAACCAUCUUAUCAAAAAUAAAUCGAUUUUAAAGUUUAUCCAUAUGAAGGGCCCUCGUCCUAGCCGUCCUAGCGAUCCACCAGACGAUUCAACCUGGCAGCCUAAGUCGCUUGACACUUUAUCUCGAAGGCCCGGGAUCUUCAUCGACAAACUCUCCAUCAACCAGACAAGCGCUGCCCACACGAAGAAGUGUGUCUCGUUGACCUUCCGUCCAAUCCAAAAUCCGCUUCAGAGGAUGAGCCAACAUCAGGAGAUUAGGUACAAUCGCACACAACAAGACGAUUCAUCUUCCUCGUUCUCUCAUCCACGCAGCUAGGUUGCGCUGUUUGCAAUUGGCUUAAUUCUUAUCCGCCUGGUGAGCUUCAAUUAGUCCAUCAAGCCAAGAUCUCCGGUGUAUGCCACAACAUCGCUUACCUUGCCAGACAUUAGAAGCCUGUGUUGGUUUUUGUACACAGACGAUAUCUCUUAUCGCGGUCAGAUAUCGCGUCGCCGUCGUCGUGCGCGACUGGAAGAGCUGGGAUCCGGCACACCGGACGACGCACAUCGGUGCAUACGGUCCGUCGAGCGAAGCGCACUCCCUUUCAAUGGAUUCGAUCGAGCCAGAAGGUGUUGGGCAGCGUGAUCCCGAGGAAGAGUUAACGCUCAACACGCGUGUGGUGAACAAAAUCGGUGAGCGCAACGUUCGGUCCUGCAAUCUACCCCAAAAAUCGAUUCGUUUCGUCAAAGACUUGGUAACAACGCUGGUGGAAGAAAAAUGGCGUUACGCAUUGUUCGUGUUCGUGGCCAGUUACGUCGGCAGUUGGGUGGUGUUUGCCGGUCUGUGGUACAUUCUAUCGUACGCGCACGGUGAUCUGCUGGAGCAAAAUCCAGCCACGGGCGAGCGGAUGGGCGACGGUGUAAUGCCGUGCGUGCAAGGUGCAACAACCUUCCCCGGCUUCCUGCUCUUCAGCAUGGAAACACAAAUAUCGACCGGGUACGGUGAAAAGGUCCCAACCGAGGAGUGUCCCGAAUCGUUCGGAUUGCUCACGAUACAGCUGAUCGUCGGGCUGCUGAUCGACGGUGCGAUUCUUGGCGUGGUGUACGCCAAGCUGGUCCGUCCACCGCAGAAGAUAUCGGAGAUGAAGUUUAGCAGACGGGCGGUGAUCUGCCAGCGGGAUGGGCAGCUUUGCUUCGUUUUUCGCAUCUGCGAUCGUAAGUGGCAGCAUGCGAUCGAGACGAAGGUGACGGCCGUCAUGCUCGAAUCGAGACGCACGCUAGAGGGGGAGCUGGUCGAAAAGCACGAAUCGUAUCUGAAGCUUGAGAACGAUGGGCGGUUGGUGUUGCUGUGGCCAGUUACCGCUUGCCAUGUGAUCGAUCGCGACAGUCCGCUGUACGAUCUGUCGGCGGAGGAACUGCUCCGGCGAAAGUUGGAAAUUGUGAUAACGAUAACGGGCGGCACGAUGACGACGGGACAAAUUAAUCAGGCGCGCACCUCGUACGUACCGGGUGAGAUUUGCUGGGGCCACCGGUUCCGUAACAUGGUGGAGUACGAUUCACGCAAGCAGUCGUUUGUCGCGGUGAACGCGCGAAUGCACGAUAUAGAGCCGGUCGAUACGCCGCUGUGCAGUGCGCGUCAGUUGGACAUUUUGAGGAAACGAUUACAGCAGAAGGAUGUGACGGAAGAAAAGCAUCCGGAACCAUCGUAAAUCACGGGCUUAUUAAAAGGGUGUGUAGUAGUGCCACCAUGAAGCCAUAAUAUCUCUGCCAAGCUACUCUCGCAAAGCUUAGUGCCUGCCUAAAGGUUGCUCGGGCCAUUCACUGGAUCAGCUGGUAAGACAAGCUUCCGAAGCGUAGGUUGAUGAAAUGCAAUCGAAUCAUAAUAAAAGCUUAUAUUAGAUACAUUCUUACAAGAUAA